AUGUGGAACAAGACGUUCUUUGAACAUCUUUCUCCUGUUGCGGUGACUUCGACAAGGCCCGGAGCUUCUUCGAUCGGACUCGGCGUCAUGGAACACGAUGAUCACAGGAAUGCGGAGAUUUGGAAAUGGCAAGACAGUUCUUCAAAGCUGCUCCGGUUAGAGGCGUGGACGGCGAUGAUCACAGGGUACAUGAAAGCUAACAAGGUUGCAUUAGCUGAGGCAGAGUUCAAAGACAUGACAGUGAAGAAAAAUCUCGUAACUUGGAAUGCUAUGAUCUCUGGUUACGUCGAAAACUCUCGGCCAGAAGAUGGAUUAAAGCUUUUCAGAGCAAUGAUGGAGGAAGGAGUUAGGCCUAAUGCCUCUGGACUGAGCAGCGAGUUGUCGGCGUUACAGUUAGGGAGUCAAAUCCAUCAAAUAGCCAUGGAGAAGAAAGACGUUGUGGCGUGGAAUGCGAUCAUGUCCGGGUAUGCACAGCACGGUAAAGCGGAAAAGGCGCUGUCUUUGUUCUGUGAGAUGAGAGAUAACCGGACCAAACCGGAUUGGAUAACAUUUGUUGCGGUUUUGCUGGCUUGUAACCAUGCUGGACUGGAGUAUUUUGAUUCGAUGGUGAGAGAUUACAGGGUAGAACCGCGGCCUGAUCACUACACGUGUAUGGUUGAUCUUUUGGGUCGGGCUGGGAAGCUGGCGGAGGCGUUGAAGUUGAUAAGAUCAAUGCCGUUUAGACCACAAGCUGCGGCUUGUGGCACAAGAAUGUAG